AUGGGGGCGCUGGGGCCGGAGGGCUGGCGGGGGCAGCCCCACGCGAAGGGCUGCCCCCUGCUGGCCGUGGCAGGAGCCACUUCCCUGGUGACCCUGCUCCUGGCCGUGCCCAUCACUGUGCUGGCUGUGCUGCUCGUGGUGCCCCAGGAGCAGGGAGGGCUGGUAAUGGGGACGGCUGACCAGGGGGCACAAGCGCAGAAGCAAAUGGGGACGCAGCACCUGCCAAAGGAAGAGGCGGGGGAGCCGGACCUCGGCCGCAGGGUCCCGGCCGCGCACCUCAUAGGCGCCUGGAGCACGGAGCAGCGAGUGGGCUGGGAGGCAGACCGCGAGGAGGCGUUCGUGCGCAGCGGGGCGCGCUUCGCGGCCAACGACGGGCUGGCGCUGCCCCGGGACGGCCUCUACUUCCUCUACUGUCACGUGGGCUACCGCGGCCGCGCGCCCCCUGCCGGCCGCCCCCGCCGCGCGCUCACGCUGCGCAGCCGCCUGUACCGCGCGGGCGGCGCCUACGGCGCAGGCGCGCCCGAGCUGCUGCUGGACGGCGCCGAGAGCGUGGUCGCGGCCGAGCCGGGCCAGAGGCACGAGUACGGGCCCCUGUGGUACACGAGCGUGGGCUUCGGGGGCCUGGUGCAGCUCCGGCGCGGCGAGCGGGUGUACGUCAACAUCAGCCACCCCAGCAUGGUGGACUACAGGCGGGGGAAGACCUUCUUUGGGGCGGUGAUGGUGGGGUGA